UGUGUCCGCCCCUGUUUACUCGGAUUUGGGACGGAUCGCACCGCAAAUCCUGGUCGAUUUUUGGUCCCUGCUCGGAUUCUCUCUCCCCUCUCAUAUACCGAUCGAGAUUGGGAGCAAGCACUCGUACAGAACAGAUCGGGCCUUCACCAACGUAACUCAUUUCGUGCAGCUCUCCGAUCCAUGAUCCAUCCGGCCGUGUUACUGAGAGACGACACCAUUGAAAAAGCCCUCCUCCUCCCAUGACGACGGGCACAUACGACACCGACGUCGUCAUGGACGACGGCACUGUGAUCCGGACAACCAUCACGUCCUCCGGCGACGCCGUCAACCUUUUCCUCCGAGAGGUCCGCAAGCAGGCAGGCCAUGGCCAUCCUCCCCACAUCGUCGGCCUCGACACCGAGUGGCGCAUAGUCCACGACGAGGACGGCCGCCGCAAGAACCGAAUGGCCGUCCUGCAGCUCUGCGUGGGCCACCGCUGCCUCGUCUACCAGAUCUUCCACGCCGACUACGUCCCGGACGCCCUGAGAGACUUCCUCGCGUGUCCGGACCACCGCUUCCUCGGCGUGGCGGUCGACGGCGACGUCAAGCGGCUGUCCGAGGACUGCGGCCUUGUGGUCGCCGACGCGGCGGACCUGAGGCACGUCGCGGCGGAGGUGCUCGCCCGGCCCGAGCUCCGGACUGCGUCGCUCAAGACGCUCACCCGCGAGGUCAUGGGCGUGCUCAUCGACAAGCCCAAGUCGGUGACGAUGAGCAAGUGGGACGCGCGGCGCCUGUCCGUGAAGCAGGUCCAGUAUGCCUGCGUCGACGCGUUCGUAUCCUACGAGAUUGGCCGGCUGCUGCUCACCGGUCAGUGCGCGGAACAUGCGGCGACAGGUGAAAUGAUCUCACCGUUCAUUGCCUCCGUGGUUCCGGUGGCUUGAGCUUUGGACUGGACAUCAAUUUUUUUUCUAGCUUAUUACUAGGUUCAGGCACGACAGCGUUGUUGGCGUGCUGCAAAGAGCAAACCUACAACACCAAGCAUGUGAAGGUGUGAUUUGAUCGUAGUUUGUGCCUUUUCUG